AGCCAGCCAUGGGCAUUCAUUGAUUUGUCCUUGUGGAUUAUUCCUGCUGGCCAGCUAGAAACUUUCCCAAAUUCAGUCUUUGUCACGUUUUCUAAAAUAUUAGGGUAAUACUUAUUAUAUUGCCGUAAGUGUCUCCUUUGGGGAAAUUAUGGCUAGUAAACUAUUCCCUUUCAUAAAGUUGGUGACAAAGGUGACCGUGGCUGGGGGUGCCUGCUAUGUCGCCUAUGACUCCGGCUUACUGGGAGAGAGUGAGAAAGGUUCUGAAAUCCUCAGCAAAGCUAAAGCCGCCAUUCCCCCGGCUGUGGAGGAGUGGAUGAAAUACUUCGGUUUUCAGCUUCCCGCUCCUCCUAAAAUAGACUUCUCCCCUACGGAAACGUGGAACUUCGGAGUGCAGAAGUCCAUAAGCACACUUUCGAUCGCCCCCACCAAAGCGUGUGAAUAUACCAACAAAGGCAUCCAGUACCUAAAGGAUUUAAGCAAGUGAGCAUUUACAGCAGAAGGUCACGGACUUCUUGGUGCCACUAUUAUGGGUGAAGAUGUCACACACAGUCAGGUUCAUUCACCAUUGUUUUCUAAUAAAAUUGGGGUGCAUUUCGAAGUCUACAAUUCUUGCAAAAGUUCAAAAUUAAAUAACAAUAAACAGAGAAAGCAUUCAG